CAGUCCCUCCGCCCCGGCAGCCAGCCUCGCUCGCGUGCGCGCUCAACGCCCUUUUUGCAAACUUCCCGGCCAGCCGAGAAGUUCCUCUUUUCUUGCAGCGGAGCCGCCGAGCCGAGCCGAGUCCCCGGCAAGGAGCCUUUCAAGGAGCGCGGCGUCUCCCAGCAGCCCUCCGGCCUGUCCCGUCCCGUCCGCGCCCUCCAAGGAUCCCAUCCCGUCCGGAGCCGACGCAGCCGGUCCGGCAAUCCCAUCGGCCGGAGCGCCGCAGAGCCAGGCGGCGGGAUGCAAUUGCAACCCCUCCGGGGACGGAGCCGCCGCCUCCGACGCUUCCCGGGGUUGCUGCUUCUGUGGCUGCUGCUGCUGGCCGUCUUGCCCGCCUUCGUUGCAGGUUUGCGAUGUACCCAGCCUUCUGAAUCCUGCUUGAAUGGUGGAAAGUGUGAAACCUAUCAAAAUGGAACAGGGGCAUGUCUAUGCUCCAAGGACUUCAUUGGCCAGCGCUGCCAGUUCCCGAAUUUGUGCCUCAGCUCCCCCUGUAACAAUGGCGGCACCUGCCACCCCGUGGUUGAGGGCAACACACCUGAUUACAUCUGUUCCUGCCGGCUGGGCUAUAUUGAUAAGCUGUGCUUGACCAUUGAGGAGAACGCCUGCCUGAGCGGCCCUUGUCGCAAUGGAGGGAGCUGCGAUCUGAUCACCUUGACCGAGUACAAAUGCCGCUGCCCUCCAGGCUGGUCAGGCAAGACGUGUCAGCAGGCUGACCCCUGUGCCUCCAACCCGUGUGCCAACGGUGGGCAGUGCGUGCCCUUCGAGUCCAGCUACGUGUGCAGGUGUCCGCAGGGCUUCCAUGGGGCCACUUGCAAAGAAGACUUGAACGAGUGCAGCCGGACACCCCCCAUCUGCAAGAACGGGGGGACCUGCGUCAAUGAGAUUGGCUCGUAUAAGUGCCACUGCCGGCAGGCCUUCACUGGCAUCAAUUGCGAACACCUCUACGUGCCCUGCAACCCCUCGCCUUGCCAGAACGGGGGCACGUGCCAGCAGACCGGAGAUGUGGCCUACGAGUGCACCUGCCUUGCAGGUUUUGCAGGCCAGAACUGCGAAGAGAAUCUUGACGACUGUCCCGGAAACAACUGCAGAAAUGGAGGCACCUGUGUGGAUGGGGUGAACACCUACAACUGCCAGUGCCCACCGGAAUGGACAGGCCAAUAUUGUGCCGAAGAUGUGGACGAAUGUCAGUUAAUCCCCAACGCUUGCCAGAAUGGCGGCACCUGCCACAACACCCACGGGGACUACAACUGUGUCUGUGUGAAUGGCUGGACGGGGGAGGACUGCAGCGAGAACAUCGAUGACUGUGCCAGUGCGGCUUGCUCCCCAGGAGCCACUUGUCAUGACCGGGUGGCCUCUUUCUACUGCGAGUGCCCACAUGGGCGCACAGGCUUGCUGUGCCACCUGGAAGAUGCCUGCAUAAGCAACCCUUGCAACGAAGGCUCCAACUGCGACACUAACCCCGUGACCGGGAGGGCCAUUUGCACCUGCCCCACGGGGUACAUGGGGCCCGCCUGCAACAAGGACGUGGACGAGUGUUUGCUGGGUGCCAACCCCUGUGAGCAUGCUGGGAAGUGUCUCAACACGGAGGGCUCCUUCGAGUGCCAAUGCCAGAUGGGCUACUCAGGUCCCCGCUGCGAGAUAGACGUCAACGAGUGCUCCUCCAACCCCUGCCAGAACGAUGCCACCUGCUUGGACCAGAUUGGGGUCUUCCAGUGCAUUUGCAUGCCAGGUUAUGAGGGGGUCUACUGUGAAAUCAACACGGACGAGUGUGCCAGCAGCCCCUGCCUGCACAACGGGAACUGCGUGGACAAGAUCAACGAAUUUGCCUGUGUGUGCCCCGUGGGAUUUAAUGGUCACCUGUGUCAACACGACAUUGACGAAUGUGCCAGCACGCCCUGCAAGAACGGAGCCAAAUGUGUGGACGCACCAAAUGCUUACGUGUGUGAAUGCACAGAAGGCUUUUCGGGCACUCACUGUGAGACGGACAUCAAUGAAUGUGACCCUGACCCCUGCCAUUACGGCACGUGCCAGGAUCGCAUUGCCACCUAUAGCUGCCUCUGCCAGCCUGGAUACACCGGGCGCCUCUGUGACACCAACAUCAAUGAGUGCCAAAGUCAACCCUGUAAGAAUGGAGGCACCUGCCAGGACAGGAACAACGCCUACACCUGCUUCUGUCUCCGAGGCACUACAGGGCCCAAUUGUGAGAUCAACCUGGACGAAUGUGCCAGCAACCCAUGUGACUACGGCAAAUGCGUGGACAAGAUCAACGGCUACGAAUGUGCCUGUGAGCCAGGAUACACAGGGAGGAUGUGCAGCAUCAACGUGGAUGAGUGUGAAAGCAACCCUUGCCACAACGGGGGCACCUGCAAGGACGGCAUCAACGGAUUCACGUGUCUCUGCCCGGAAGGUUUCCAUGACUCCAUGUGCCUCUCGGAAGUGAACGAGUGCAGCAGCAACCCUUGCGUCCACGGGAGAUGCCACGAUGGGCUGAAUGGCUACAAGUGCGAUUGCGACCCGGGCUGGAGUGGGACAAACUGUGACAUCAACAACAACGAAUGUGAGUCCAGCCCUUGUAUGAAUGGUGGAACCUGCAAGGAUAUGACCAGCAGCUACAUUUGCACCUGCCGGGAGGGAUUCAGUGGAACCAACUGCCAGAUCAACAUCAAUGAAUGUGCCUCCAACCCUUGCCUGAACCAGGGAACGUGCAUUGAUGACAUUGCUCGCUACCAGUGCAACUGCCUUCCACCCUAUACAGGUCCCACCUGCCGGGAAGUGCUGGCGCCCUGUGCGGAUGGUCCCUGCAAGAACGGCGGCCAGUGCAAAGAGUCGGAGGACUACGAGAGUUUCUUGUGCGCCUGCCCUCCAGGGUGGCAAGGGCAAACUUGUGAGAUUGACAUCAACGAAUGCGUGAAGAGCCCCUGUCGGAACGGCGCCACCUGCCAAAACACCAACGGGAGCUACCGCUGCGUGUGCAGACCUGGUUUCAUAGGGGACAGCUGUGAAACUGACAUCGAUGACUGUCAACCCAAUCCCUGCCACAACGGGGGCUCCUGUUCUGACAGCGUCAACGGCUUCUCUUGCAACUGCCUGGCAGGCUUCCAGGGUCCCGAAUGCCAGGAAGAUGUGGACGAGUGUGCCAGCGACCCCUGCAAGAACGGGGCCAACUGCACAGACUGCGUGAACAGCUACACCUGUACAUGCCCAUCAGGCUUCAGUGGGAUCCACUGUGAGCACAACACUCCAGACUGCACGGAGAGCUCCUGUUUCAAUGGGGCGACCUGUGUGGACGGCAUCAACACCUUCACGUGUGUCUGCCCACCCGGCUUCACUGGCAUUUAUUGCGAGCACGACAUCAAUGAGUGUGACUCCAGACCCUGCUUGAAUGGGGGGACUUGCCAGGACAGCUAUGGGACUUACAAAUGCACCUGCCCGCAGGGGUACACUGGACUCAAUUGCCAGAGCCUGGUCAACUGGUGCGACUCGUCUCCCUGUAAGAAUGGAGGGAAGUGCUGGCAGAUCAGCAACCACUAUCGCUGCGAGUGCCCAAGCGGCUGGACCAGCCUGUACUGUGACGUACCCAACGUCUCUUGCGAGGUGGCUGCACGACGCCAAGGACUGGAUGUGGCCCGCCUGUGCAGAAACUCCGGCCUCUGUGUGGACAGGGGCAAUACCCACUUCUGCCAUUGCCAGCCUGGCUACACGGGCAGCUACUGUGAAGAGCAAGUGGACGAGUGCUCCCCAAACCCUUGCCAGAACGGGGCGACGUGCACGGACUAUCUGGGUGGCUAUUCCUGCGAGUGCGUGGCCGGCUACCAUGGCAGGAACUGCUCGGAGGAGAUCAAGGAAUGUCUUUCCCAUCCCUGCCAGAAUGGCGGCACUUGCAUUGAUCUGCUGAACACCUACAAAUGUUCUUGUCCCCGUGGAACUCAAGGCGUACACUGCGAGAUCAACAUCGACGACUGCAGCCCUGCCACCGACCCCCAGACCCUGACCCCCAAGUGCUUCAACAAAGGGAAGUGUGUGGACAAAGUGGGGGGCUACAGCUGCAUCUGCCUGCCAGGCUUUGUUGGGGAGCGCUGCGAGGGGGAUGUCAACGAGUGCCUCUCCAACCCCUGCGACCAACGGGGCACCCAGAAUUGCGUGCAGAGAGUCAAUGAUUACAAGUGUGAAUGCCGCCCAGGAUACACAGGACGGCGCUGUGAAGCGGUGUUUAAUGGCUGCCAAAACAGACCCUGCCGGAAUGGGGGAACCUGCGCCGUGGCCAGCAACACAAAGCACGGCUACAUCUGCAAGUGUCCUCCAGGCUUGGAUGGCAUCACGUGUGAAAACGACCUGCGCAGCUGUGGGAUGCUGAGAUGCCUGAAUGGCGGCACCUGCAUUUCCACCUCCAGGCAGUCCAGGUGCAUGUGCGCGCCGGGUUUCACCGGUCCUGAGUGCCAGUUCCCCUCGCACAGCCCGUGCCACUCCAGCCCCUGCUACAACGAGGGCACUUGCCAGUUCACUCCAGAGCCGCCCCACUACCGCUGCCUCUGUCCCGUCAACUUUAACGGCCUCAACUGCCACAUCCUGGACUUUGAAUUCCCAGGGGGGCCUGGCCAGGACAUCACCCCUCCCCUGGUGGAGGAGAAGUGCGAAAUUCCCGGCUGCCCCAGCCUCGCCGGCAACAAGAUCUGCGACGCCAAAUGCAACAACCACGCCUGCGGUUGGGAUGGCGGGGACUGUUCACUUAACUUCAACGACCCCUGGAAGAAUUGCACCCAAGCCCUGCAGUGCUGGAACUACUUCAACGAUGGCAAAUGCGACGUCCAGUGCAAUAACAGUGGCUGCCUCUAUGACGGCUUUGAUUGCCAGAAGGUCGAGCUGCAGUGCAACCCUCUCUACGAUCAGUACUGCAAGGACCACUUUUCCGACGGCAACUGUGACAAGGGCUGCAACAAUGCCGAGUGCGAAUGGGACGGCCUCGACUGUGCCAACCACGUACCCGAGAGACUCGCUGACGGGACCCUUGUAGUGGUGGUGCUGAUCAGCCCCGAUAUCCUGAGGAACAACUCUCUUAACUUCCUGCGGGAGCUCAGCCGGGUCCUGCACACCAAUGUGGUUUUCAAGAAGGACCCCAAGGGCGAGUCCAUGAUCUUCCCUUAUUUUGGGAAUCCGGAAGAACUGAAAAAGCACCGCAUCAGGAGGUCGGUGGGCGGCUGGCCGGACAUCUCUGAAGUGGUGCUGAGCGUGCAGGAAGCUCUCCGCUCGAGGCUCAGCCGGAGGCCAAAGAGAGAGCUGGACCAGGUGGAAAUCUACGGGUCCAUCGUUCACCUGGAAAUCGACAACCGCCAAUGCAUCCAGGCCUCCUCUCAGUGCUUUCAAAGUGCCAACGAUGUAGCGGCAUUCCUGGGCGCCUUGGCCUCAAGCGGCAACUUGGACAUUCCCUACAAGAUUGAAGCCGUGAAAAGUGAAACGGCCGAUUCCCCCCGGAGCAGCCAGUGGUAUCCUAUGUAUGUGGUGGUACCUUCUCUUUUUCUGCUCUUCUGCAUCGGCAUCGGCGUUUUGGCAACUCGCAAGCGGCGGAGGGAACAUGGGCAGCUCUGGUUCCCCGAAGGCUUCAAAGUGACCGAGUCCAGUAAGAAGAAGCGCCGGGAACCGCUGGGAGAGGAUUCCGUGGGGCUGAAACCCUUGAAAAAUGCUUCGAACGGGACCCUGAUGGACGACAACCAGAACGAGUGGGGAGACGAGGAGACCCUCAACACCAAGAAAUUCCGAGUAGAGGAACAGGUCAUGCUGCCCGAUGACCAGACCGACCACCGGCAAUGGACGCAGCAGCACCUGGACGCGGCCGACCUACGCAUUUCCUCCAUGGCCCCCACCCCACCCCAGGGGGAGAUCGAUGCCGAUUGCAUGGACGUCAACGUUCGAGGGCCAGAUGGAUUCACGCCCCUGAUGAUCGCCUCCUGCAGCGGGGGAGGGCUGGAGACGGGCAACAGUGAGGAGGAGGAAGACACUCCGGCUGUCAUUUCGGAUUUCAUCUACCAGGGAGCCAACCUGCACAGUCAAACGGAUCGCACGGGGGAGACAGCUCUUCAUUUGGCCGCGCGUUACGCCCGCUCAGAUGCGGCCAAGCGGCUGCUGGAAGCCAGCGCUGAUGCCAACGUCCAGGACCACAUGGGCAAGACGCCCCUCCACGCAGCUGUGUCUGCAGAUGCCCAGGGCGUCUUUCAGAUCCUGAUCCGGAACAGGGCCACCGACUUGGAUGCCCGAAUGCAUGAUGGGACCACACCUCUGAUUUUGGCUGCCCGCUUGGCGGUGGAAGGCAUGCUGGAAGAUCUCAUCAGCUGCCAUGCCGAUGUGAAUGCUGUGGAUGACCUAGGGAAGUCUGCCUUGCAUUGGGCUGCGGCCGUGAACAAUGUGGACGCUGCCCUGGCGCUGCUGAAGAACGGUGCCAAUAAGGACAUGCAAAACAACAAGGAAGAGAGCCCUUUGUUCCUGGCAGCCAAAGAAGGCAGCUAUGAAACGGCCAAAGUCCUGCUGGACAGCUUCGCCAACCGGGACAUCACGGAUCACAUGGACCGCCUGCCCCGGGACAUCGCCCAGGAGCGCAUGCACCAUGACAUCGUCCGCCUCCUGGACGAAUACAACCUGGUGCGGAGCCCGCCUUUGCACAAUGGGGGGCCUCUGGGGGGCCCCACUCUCUCCCCGCCACUCUGCUCGCCCAGCGGCUACCUGGGCAACCUGAAGCCAGGCCUGCAGGGCAAGAAGGCCCGGAAGCCAAGCACCAAAGGGCUGAGCUGCAACGGGAAGGAGCCGAAGGGGCUCAAGGCUCCCCGGAAGAAGUCUCAGGAGGUCAAGGGCUGCCUGCUGGAUGGCUCCGGAGUCCUCUCCCCAGUUGACUCCCUGGAGUCUCCGCACGGCUACCUGUCGGACGUGGCCUCCCCGCCCUUGAUGACCUCCCCCUUCCAGGCCUCCCCUUCCAUGCCCCUCAACCACCUCCCCGGCAUGCCGGACUCCCACCUCAGCAUCAGCCAACUCAACCUGGUCAGCAAGGCGGAUCUGGGCCUGGGAGCCAGUCAGAUGCAGCCUUUUGAGCCAGGGCCCCCUCGCCUGUCCCACCUGCCCGUCUCCAGCGCCAGCGCCCUCCUGGGCAGAGCCUCGCUCAACUUCGCCGUCAGCGGGAGCCAGUGCGAAUGGCUGAACCGCCUGCAGAACAGCCUGGUGCCCGGGCAGUACAACCCGCUGAGGAGCGGCCUCCCACAGGGCACACACCCUGCCAGCCAGGCCCUGCCGCACGGGCUGCUGACGUCCCUGCACAGCGGCCUCUCCGGCACCCCUCUGGCUCCCAUGAUGACCUACCAGGCGGUCCCCGGGGGCCUCCUGCCCACCCACUCCCAGCCACACUUGUUGCAACCCCAGCAACAACAGCAGCAGCAGCAGCAGCAGCAGCCGCCCCCACCACAAGGCCACGGCGGGGCCACGAACACUGCCCCCCAAGUGGGGGCGAGCUUCCUCGGGAACGAGCUGAGCCAGGCGGAGCUGCAGCAGCCAAUGAAUAGCGGCGCCCUGGCUGUCCACGCCAUCCUGCCGCAGGACACCCAGGUGCUGGCGACCUCCCUGCCCCCCGGCCUGUCCCAGGCCCUGACCACCCCCCAGUUCCUGACUCCACCUUCCCAGCACAGCUACCCCUCCCCCAUGGACCACACGCCCAGCCAUCAGCUCCAGGGGCCCGACCACCCCUUCCUCACGCCCUCGCCGGAGUCACCGGACCAGUGGUCAAGCUCCUCCCCCCAUUCCAACGUCUCGGAUUGGUCGGAAGGGAUCUCAAGCCCACCCACCAGCGUGCAGCCCCAGGUGGGGCGCAUCCCAGAAGUUUUCAAGUAAGGGGGGGGGCACCUGAGCUGCCCUGCGAGACGGACAGACCCCCUUGGCUGAACUGGAGAAAUCCCGUUUUUCUUUUUUCUUUUUUUUAAAAAAAAUAUUUUUGCAUACAUCGUAAGUUGGAAACGUCACUGCGUUCUUCCUCUUUUUUACUAUUUAUUUAUGUACUUUUUCUUUUAUGUGAAAACACUGCCGUUUUAUUUAUAUGUUCUGUUAAGAAUUCCAUGGGCUGCAUUUACUAUUCCAAGGAAUAGAAAAAAGUCUAUUAAUGGGGACUUUUUUUAAUUGACAUUUUUUAAAAAAAACAACAAACAUUUGUAUCAUGCUUUUUUUUUGCCUAGAGAAACGUUCUUCUGUAAAGCUAUAAGAAAUGAUCCAUAAUAGUAAAAUGACACGUAUUUAUUGAUCAGGAUAUUUUUUCCUGUUCAUUUUAAAAACAGAAUAAAAUAGGGGAGGGGCAAUUUUGUUUUUUUAAAUGUACCUAUAUGAGGAAAAAUAAUUUAAAUAUAAGUUGAUGGUUUAUUUUUAAAGAGCGCUUUAAAAUGUUCCCUGGGUGUUGAUGAUAUAUAGACAUAUAGAUGUAUCGGCUUUUUACAUCCCUCCCGAAGUUCCUAGCCAUCAUGGCAGGUGGGAAUUCUGGAAAAAGAGCAUCCGAUACACAUAUGGGCAGUCCAAGGAUAUGGGAGAGUGAAAUGAGGCAGCGUUUCCCAACCACGGCAACUUUAAGGUGUAUCCACCAAUUCAAGCUGAAUUCCACCCACCUUAAAGCAUGCUGGCUGGGCUGGAAGUCCAAGGGAGAGAAACACUCAUAAUAUGGAUCGUGAAUCUUUGUAUUAAAGUUUCAGUAUUACAUAGUUUUAUCCAUCUUUUUGCAUGAAAGCUGAAUGUUUUCCUUUAUUUAUUUUAAAUACUGCCUAUGAUCAAAAACCAGGAUCAGAGGUUUUAAGCUACAAGUGAAUUCUGAAUGCUUCUCCCCUUUUUCCCACCCCACAGAUGUUGCAAAUGUUAAAAAGAAAGGAAAAAACUGCCCUGGGUCACGCAUAGAAUAAGAAAGUUGUGCCCUGUGUUUUUUAACAAGGCGGUUGUGUUCCUAACUCAAUCCUGGGCACUGUACCUACAGUAGUGGCCUACAUUGUGGAAACCUUUGGGGAAAAGUGUAUUUUCUAGCAACAUUUAGCAUGAAUUACAGCCUUAUAAUGUCUUCCCAUGGAAUGAACCAAGUCUUUUAGUUCUGCAGCUGUUAUCAUGUGAAACCAAGAUUGAAUGAUGGCUUCUGUUAACUGGGUUUUAUUGUGGGUUCCUUCUGACUAACCAGUUUCUUUAGUCGGAAAAUCCCUAGAGUGAGAAAUGGGGGAGGGGUUUCCAUGGGUUCAGAGUCUUUGGAGGGUCUCAGUCAUCCUGGUCUGAAUGGCUUUUUUUUUCAAGAGGCAGCUGGGUUUUGUUUUUACUCGAAGAUGUUUCAGUUCUCAUCCAAGAAGCUUCUUCAGUUCUGCUUCAUUGCACAGGAACAUUAGUAUGAAUGGAUGGGUUGGCCCCGAAGCAGCUUCUUGGAUGAGAAGUGAAAUGUCUUUAAGGAAAAACAGAGUCCAGUUGCCUUUUGAAAAAAAGCACUUUUGGGACACGGGUUAAAAGGAUUCUGCCCUUCUAGAGACAGGCACUCGCGAGAGAAAAUUAUCUUCACUGAUCAAAGUCCAGGGCAGAAGUUCCAACUUUUCUGCCAGUCUCCUGUCCUCCAAAACGCACUUAAGCAUUCAUGCGCUAGGUCAGUGCCUUGAUGCUGUAGGCAGUGUGUAUCAAAGGCUCUCUUUACUCUGUGUUGCAUCCCUCGACACAGCUGGAGGUGGCUGGAAAAAGACUUCAAAUUGGGGGUGUCCAGAGGGGCAGACAGGGGGGUCCUUAGCAGGCUGGCAGCUGGAAGAAGCCACUGUUGAAACCACUGGGAUGUGGCUUAACAAAACCUCACCACAACUUGACCACUGUUCGAAUAGCAUCAGCUUCUAUCUAAUUUCAGAAAGCUGGUAUCCCUGCGAUCGAUUGCGGGAAUCCUCCUAAUUCACCUCUGGUUUUUUGCAAUGGUUGUAUUAUUCUCUUUUAGAGAACGGGGGCCAGCAGGGCAAGUGGAGCAGCUGAAUUUGUAUACAAAUAUAUAUAUAUAUACAGUAUGCGCCUAUGGCAAAGCUAAUGUUCUGUAAAUACUUUUUUUUUUUGCAUAAAAUGAUAUGGGUGGAUUUUGUUUAAAAAAUCUAAAUGAAAAGAAAGCAUUGCACGGGUGGGGGUUGUUGAAAAUAUUGCUCAAGGGAGGAAUGAAACAGUUGGUGAGCUGGUGAGAUUGCAAACCUGUGCUUGGGUCCUUUGGAGUAAAUGCUACAUGAAAGUCUUUGAUUUAGUCAUUAGCUGAUUAACCAUUCAAAAUUACACUGAAAACAGGGACUCUCAGCCUCACACUUACUGAAAAUCUCCGUGGCUCUGUGAGCAAAAUUCAGGCACUUUGCAACCAGCAUGUGUGGAUGGAAGGUUGCAAGAUCCUGGGGUCACGAGAUUGCUCUUUGCAGCCUUCCCAGGUGGGCUUCCAACAAGCGUCAAUGGGGGAAGAGGGAUUUGCUUAAUGAUGGUGGCAAAAAAAGGCAGUAAAAUUGGAUAUAACUCAGUGAGCACAUCGCUUAGGAAUGGAAGCUAUUCCAGUCCCAAUUGUAGUCGUAAGUCGAGAAUUACCUUCAAAGGAACAUCCUCUGAGAUGCCCAGGUAGGACUGACCUCUAGCUGCAUUGGCAUCUUUGAGUGAGAUGGUACAUAUUGCAUGAACUGUAAUCCUGGGAAAGAUGUUAUUCAGACUUCAGAUGUUGAACACACUGGCGUCUUUUGGGGGGGAAUCUGAUCACCUCCCAAACUUUGUUUUUGUUUUGUUUUGUUCUGAGGACCUCUGGAGAAUCUCCCCACCCUUAGGAUACAGGAAAGUGUUGGCACGUCUCUACAAUGAGAGAUUUUUAACACCCGCCUCUUGGUGUCAAAUCUUUUUAUGUUUUAUAAAUUAGACUGUAGUUUAUAAGUCAGAGAUGUGGGAGAUUAAAACAAACAAACCUGUAAUUUAAAAAAAACCAUGCAAAAGUGUAGUUUGCAAAAAUGAUGCCUUUUAUUUUAUUUUGUUACAUGAUUUGCAAUAAACUAUGUCAGUAAGCAUUUAGAAGUG